CGGCCCCCCGGGGCGGCCGCCGGGAGAGAUGCUGCAAGAAACUUCUUAAAUGACCGCGUCCGGCCGGCCGUGGAGCGUUUCUGGGUUGGGGAGAGGAAAGGAAAGUGGAAAAAAACUGAGAACUUCCUGAUCUCUCUCGCUGUGAGACAUGUCUGAGACUCCUGCUCAGUGUAGCAUUAAGCAGGAACGGAUUUCAUAUACACCCCCCGAGAGCCCUGUGCCCAGUUACACUUCCUCGACGCCGCUUCAUGUGCCAGUGCCCCGAGCGCUCAGGAUGGAGGAAGACUCGAUCCGCCUGCCUGCGCACCUGCGCUUGCAGCCAAUGUACUGGAGCAGAGAUGACGUAGCCCAGUGGCUCAAGUGGGCUGAAAAUGAGUUUUCUCUAAGGCCAAUUGACAGCAACACGUUUGAGAUGAAUGGCAAAGCUCUCCUGCUCCUGACCAAAGAGGACUUUCGCUACCGGUCUCCUCAUUCAGGUGAUGUGCUCUAUGAACUCCUUCAGCAUAUUCUGAAGCAGAGGAAACCUCGGAUUCUUUUCUCACCGUUCUUCCACCCCGGAAACUCGAUACACACGCAGCCGGAAGUCAUCCUGCAUCAGAACCACGAAGAAGAUAACUGUGUCCAGAGGACCCCGAGGCCGUCGGUGGAGAAUGUACACCACAACCCUCCCACCAUUGAACUGUUGCACCGUUCCAGGUCACCCAUCACGACAAACCACCGGCCUUCUCCCGACCCCGAGCAGCGGCCCCUCCGGUCCCCCCUGGACAACAUGAUCCGCCGCCUCUCCCCGGCCGAGAGGGCCCAGGGACCGAGGCUCCACCAGGAGAACAACCACCAGGAGUCCUACCCCCUGUCAGUGUCUCCCAUGGAGAAUAAUCACUGCCCGCCACCCUCCGAGCCCCACCAGAAGCCCUCCAGCCCCCGGCAGGAGAGCACGCGGGUGAUUCAGCUGAUGCCCAGCCCCAUCAUGCACCCUCUGAUUCUGAACCCCCGGCACUCCGUGGAUUUCAAGCAGUCCCGGCUCUCCGAGGACGGGCUGCACCGGGAAGGGAAGCCCAUCAACCUCUCCCAUCGGGAAGACCUGGCGUACAUGAACCACAUCAUGGUCUCCGUCUCCCCGCCCGAGGAGCACGCCGUGCCCAUCGGGAGGAUAGCAGACUGUAGACUGCUUUGGGAUUACGUCUAUCAGUUGCUUUCUGACAGCCGGUACGAAAACUUCAUCCGAUGGGAGGACAAAGAAUCCAAAAUAUUCCGGAUAGUGGAUCCCAAUGGACUGGCUCGACUGUGGGGAAACCAUAAGAACAGAACAAACAUGACCUAUGAGAAAAUGUCCAGAGCCCUGCGCCACUACUACAAACUAAACAUUAUCAGGAAGGAGCCAGGACAAAGGCUUUUGUUCAGGUUUAUGAAAACCCCGGAUGAAAUCAUGAGUGGCCGAACAGAUCGUCUGGAGCAUCUUGAGUCCCAGGAGCUGGAUGAGCAAAUAUACCAAGAAGACGAGUGUUGAAGGAACCAGCCCCCGGCUCAGCGGGCCGGUAGCCAAGGGCGCCCUGCCCGCCAGGAUGGCUGGGGCGUGAUGGAGAGGAAGGGAAGAGACCCGGACAUGGCAGUGACACUUCUCUCGCCCAGCGUGAGGGACCCCGGAGCACCUUAGACAAACCACUCAGCAAAGGCGGCGCUGGAAUUCUGGCCAAGGGCAC